CUUUUACUUGGUGCGCACUUGUGCACAGAAACCCUCAGAGUGCGCACAGGCUCCAUGGAUCAGGGCAAUUUGCAGCACUGUUGAGUUUUGUAGCAGCAUCUCCACAGGACAAGCUACAGUGUAGGCAGACCCCCUCCACCCACACACACACACACACACAUACAUACAUACAUACAUACACACACACACACACACACAAAACACCCCUCCAUCUUCGGUCAUGACGCUUCUCUGAGAGGGAGAGCUUAUCUUUUCAAGCAAGAGGAAGGAAAAAAAGACUGAUCACUUUUCUUUUGGUGCUGGUUUUUCUAUUUGUGGCAAGAGAUGAUGUUUUCGUCUGCAGGGAAGCGCUGCUUCACGAUAGAGUCUCUGGUGGCCAAAGAGAGCCCUCUAACCGCCGAGGAUCCCAUCCGUCCGACGGCUUUAAGUUACUCCAACCCGGCGACAGACGCCUUAAUGAACAGUUACCAGGCUCCGCCGCCCAGGUCCCUCUAUCAGACCCCGGACCUGGUGUUCCCAGAGACGGUAAGCCACCCCUCCCUCACCGUGGCUCCGCACCAGCUCGGAGGCUCGCACCUACAGCAUCCGCAUUUCUUCGGAACGCAACACCGAGACCCGCUCAACUUCUACCCCUGGGUCCUACGGAACAGGUUUUUCGGACACAGAUUUCAGGGUAACGAUGUGUCCCAGGACAGCCUGCUCCUCCACGGUCCUUUUGCCAGAAAACCCAAACGCAUCCGGACAGCCUUCUCUCCCUCCCAGCUCCUCCGACUGGAAAGAGCCUUCGAGAAGAACCACUACGUCGUCGGAGCCGAGAGGAAGCAACUGGCAAACAGCUUGAGCUUAUCUGAAACACAGGUGAAGGUGUGGUUCCAGAACAGGCGGACCAAGUACAAACGACAGAAGCUGGAGGAGGAAGGACCAGACAGCCAGCAGAAGAAGAAGGGAAACCACCACAUCAACAGAUGGCGCAUCGCCACCAAGCAGUCCAGCUCCGAGGACAUAGACGUGACCUCAGAGGACUAAAACAACGGUCCAACCUCCGACAAUGCUGCCCUAAACCCUGCGUCCCCUUCUGACGCAUCAGAGGACCAACACUAUUUAUUAUGUAAUAUUAUUAAAUAUAAUUAGACACAUUAGAGGAAGACACAAGGACUGAAUAUGUGAUCGCGGCGCAUCUCUUCAUCGAGGUGCUACACUCUGUGACACAGGGAAAAAAAAAAAAAACCCAUCUUAUUUAAUGACAUCCAUCCUGAACGUCUCUGGAUGAGGAGGGAUCCUUCCAUCAUUUAAUGAUCUUUGGUGUGUGACGACCGAAGAUGAAGGGAAACAACGUCAACCUCUAUCAUAGUGUUUGUUGUUUUUGUUUUUUUUAAAAUUGUACAUAGGCAACUUAUAAAGGUUGUUUUUGAAAGAGGCUAUUUGUUUCAUUAAAGCUGUUUCUACCACCUGCUUAGGUCAUUAACACCUCAUUGCUCACCCCACCCACUCCGCCACCUGUGAGCCAUGUUAAUUUAAAUUUCUCCUCAAUGACGAGAACAUGUUGUCGCACACUUUUCAUCCGCCCAGUGAGUCAGAGAACAGGCUGGCGACUGGCCAGAAGAACAAAGCAGGAAAUGAACCAUGUGUCAGAGAAGAUCCGAGUUUCUCACUUGCUGCAUGAUUUUAUUUUCACUGGUGACUUGAGAGCCAUUCCAGCGCUCCGUUACGCUCCCUAAUGAAGAUUCUCCACAGAGAGGCGAUUCAUAACCAGCUGUGCAUGACUCUGGGACAGACGAGACGCUGCAGAGACCUCUGGUGUUAGGGGCGAGUUGUGCCACAUAAUAAAAGCAAGUUCACAGCUUUGUGCUUCUUCUGCCAUGCCACAUUUUUGUCAGUGUGGGGUGAUGGAUGACGUCUCCAUUUGUUGAAUGUCUGCGCCGUGUGUAGUACAGAAACGUAUAUAAGAACAUACUUUUCAAGCAGAACGUGUAAUUACAAAAAAAAAAGAUGUUUUAGAAAUAAAAACAAAAAGCUAUUUCUCUGAUGAGAAA